AUGGCUCAAGGGGGUAACAAGGGCAAGAAGGCAGUGUCACUGCGAGAGAAGAAGGAUGCUGCAAAUGCAGCCCUAGCGGCCUUAAGGAAGGAAGCAGGGGAAUAUAACUCUAUGAUGAACAGGAUGGAAACAAUGGCUGGUCCAGAACUGAGGGAGUAUGUGUCACAAAAUAAACACACACUGGGUAGCAAGAUGAAAGCAACAAUUAAGAAGCUUCUACGGAAAGGUAAGCCCAAGAAGAAGAAGAGAACUAUGCUGCACCCGAUCGUAGGCGCAACACUCAAAUUUCAUAAAGAUGAUGACAUGCCUGCAGCUGUUGGGCCUACAGGAGAUGCAUAA